CAACGUUUUACCGUUUACCAGACAGUAGUUAAGCAAGAUGAAGUCCUUGCUUUUGGUCCUAGCUGUGGUUUAUGCAGUCAAGGCGCAGGAGUAUUCCACCACUCCAGGCUUCGAUGAUGAUUUAAGGGAUGAAGCAUAUGCCUUAUUAUAUGACGUAAAAGGAGCAGUAGAGCUCCAACAAAACAAAUCAAUCCAGGAAAUAAAUGAAUACACGGAAAGUAUUCAAUCUGAAUACCAGAGCGUAAAUAAAACUUUGAACGGAAAACGUAAACUAAUAGAAGAAAUUGACAACAAGACCACAAAUUGUCAGAUACAGGGAUACGACAUUACAAUUUGUAAUUGGUUGUUGAAGGAAGCAGUUGAUGGUUCAGGUCGUAUCGAUUUAAAAUGGAAAGUAUGUGAGCACACCUACAUUGAUAACUUGGAAAAGUCUGCAUCAGGAGCAGUCAUUGAUGUGAAGAACGCAUCCAUAAUUUUUUCUACUUUCGAAAAUCAAAUUUCCAAUUGCGGAAAGGAUGAGGAAUGUCUCUUGGACGUUAUUUCUGACUUAGUGAAAGAAAGAAGGAUCGUUUUGAAAAAAAUCAAUGAAUUGACGUCAAAUUUCAUCAGUAAACAGGAAAGUACCUUGAACAAUGCCAUUAACUGCGUUUUCGACGGUACAACUUCGUUCAUAGCUGAGCAUAAUAGUAUUUCGAAAAUUUACUGCGAUUGUACUUAUGCUGCCUACGAAAACCAGUACUAGUUAAAUUAAAUGAAUAUUUUAGAUGUA